GGACAAGAGGACUCGAGCAGAUCUGAAGUCAUAAACACUAGUCAUCAAAAUAUCAGCUAAACAAAAAAAUCCUAGUAAAUAUUUUCCUCAUUAAUUACCAACUACCCCAAAGACAAAAUUGCAAACCAUAUCUCAUUAAUUAUGAAAAAGAAGAAAAGAAAGAAAGACUUUAAAUUCUGGAGGGGCCAGGUCCCUAUACCAUUGAAUGUGUCUCUCUGCCCCUGCUUUAUUAUCUCAACCAUUUUAUUUUUUAUGCAUAAUACUCAUUUUUUCUAAUUGUAAACAAGAAAAUUUCAUCCAAAAAAAAAAAGGCAAACCAAAAAAUUAAAUGACCAACUUUGAUGUUUCUUCUUCUUCUUCUUCUUCUUUGAUGUUGUCCCCUAAAAAAUAUGAUGUUUUUCUUAGCUUUCGAGGCGAAGAUACUCGCGACAACAUCACAAGCCAUCUUCAUGAAGCGUUGAAAAAUAAGAACGUUGAAACAUAUAUAGACAACAGACUUGAAAAAGGAGAGGGAAUUGGGCCAUCACUCAUGACAGCCAUUGAAGAAUCACAUGUUUCUGUUAUCAUUUUCUCAAUAAACUAUGCUUCCUCCAAGUGGUGUUUGGAUGAAAUUGUGAAGAUUAUAGAAUGCAAAAAAGAAAGAGGACAAAUUGUGAUACCUGUGUUCUACAAAAUAGAUCCAUCACAUGUGAGAAAUCAGAGAGGUACAUACCAAAACUUGUUUGCGGAACAUCUUAAGACCAAAAAUAGUUACAAAGUGUUCAAUUGGAGAAGUGCUCUCACAGAAGCAGCUAAUUUGGCUGGUUGGGAUUUUCAAACUUAUAGGUCUGAAUCUCAAUUCAUUAAAGAUAUUGUUAAAGACAUUUUGCAAAGAUUGAAUCUCAUACACCCAAUUGAAUUAAAGGGAGUGGUUGGAAUUGAGGAAAAUUAUGAAGGAGUUAAAUCAUUAUUGGAAAUGGACUCACAAGAUGUUCGAGUGAUUGGGAUAUGGGGCAUGGGUGGCAUAGGUAAGACAACCCUAGCAAUUGCUUUACGUGCCAAAUUAUCUUCUCAAUUUGAAGGUCAUUGCUUUUUAGCAAAUGUAAGGGAACAAAUAGAGAAGAAUAAUAUAGAUUUCUUGCGCAACAAGCUUUUUUCAGAGCUGUUAGAGGAAGAAAAUCUUCAUGUUAAUGUACCAAAAGUUGAAUAUCAUUGUGUGACCAAUAGGCUUAGACGAAAAAAAGUUCUUAUUGUUUUGGAUGAUGUGGCUACAUCAGAACAAUUAGAUGAUCUAAUCAGCAGCGAUUGCGAUUUUUUGGGACCAGGAAGUAGAGUAAUUGUAACCACUAGAGAUAAGCACAUAAUUAACCAUGUUGAUGAAAUAUAUGAAGUCAAGGAACUUAACAAAGACAAUUCUCUUCGACUUUUUUAUUCGAGUGCAUUCAAAGAAAAACAUCUUAAAAGUGGAUAUGAAGAGCUCUCGAAAAGUGUAAUUGCAUAUUGCAAAGGCAAUCCUUUGGCUUUAAAAAUUUUAGGUGUGCGUCUUCGUUCAAGAAGUAAAGAAGCGUGGGAAAGUGAAUUGAAGAAGCUCAAGAAGAUUCCAAACAUGAAAAUUCAAAAUGUGUUGAAAUUGAGUUAUGAUGAGUUAGAUAGUGAUCAACAAAACAUAUUCUUAGAUAUAGCAUGCUUUGUCAAAGAAGAAUCUAGAGAUCGCGUGACAAAUCUAUUGGAAGCUUGUGAUUUCCACCCAGUUAUUGGAAUUGAAGACCUUGUAGAAAAGUCUCUUGUAACCAUUUCAAAUAAGGGUACGAUACAAAUGCAUGACUUAAUACAAGAAAUGGGCUGGAAUAUUGUUCAUCAAGAAUCCCCUAAGGACCCUGGAAGCAGAACUCGAUUGUGGGAUCCCAAUGAAGUGUAUGAUGUACUAAAAUAUAAUAAGGGAACUAAAACUAUAGAAGGAAUAACUUUAGAUAUGUCUAAAGUGGAGGAUCUACAUUUAAAGUCUAAUUCCUUUACAAAAAUGUCUGAGAUGAGAUUUCUCAAAUUCUAUUAUGGAAAGUGCAACGGGACAAGCAAUAUAUAUCUUCCAGAAAACGGUCUGGAUUCAUUGUCUGAUAAAUUGAGGUACCUUGAAUGGCAUAGAUAUUGUUUGAAGUCUUUGCCAUCAAAAUUUAGUGCUAAUUUGCUUGUUGAGCUUUCCAUGCCUUACAGCAACCUUCAAAAGCUUUGGGACGGAGUUCAGAAUCUUGCAAAUUUAAAGGAAAUUGACCUUAGAUUCAGCAAUGAGUUGGUUGAGGUCCCAGACUUGUCUAAGGCUACAAAUUUGGAAUGGUUGGCACUUACUGGUUGUAGAAAUUUGUGUGAAAUCCAUCCUUCAAUUUUGUCUCUCGACAAGCUUAAAGAUCUCGAAUUAGAAGGUUGUACGAAGAUUGAAAGUUUUCAUACUGACAAUCAUUUAGAUUCUCUUCAAACCAUCCAACUUAGCAACUGCUCAUCUCUGAAAGAAUUCUCAGUCACUUCAAACAAACUCGAGAAACUGUGGUUAGAUGGUACAUCUAUCAAAGAAUUGCCCUCAUCAAUUUUGUGUUGCCAGAAAUUGAAGAUGAUUGAUCUACACAAUUGUGAUAAUCUUGUUGGUUUUGGGGAAAAUGAAAACUAUAUAGAAAUUGGUUCUCUUAGUACUCUAGUUCUUUCUGGCUGCAAAAAACUCAAUGCAUCGAAUUUGUGUUUCAACUUCAAACCAUGGCAAUCAACUUUAACAUCAUUGAAUUUGGAAAAUUGUUGCAACUUAGAGGCACUUCCUGAUAGCAUUGGUUUACUAUCAUCAUUGCAAUGCUUAAAACUAAGUGGAAGCAAUGUUAAAAGUUUGUCACCAAACAUCAAAAACCUUAACAACCUUAAAGAGCUAAGGUUAGAUAAUUGCAAGAAACUCGUGUCCAUGUCUGUGUCUGAGCUUCCACCGUCACUAAGAUUGUUUAGUGCUAUCAACUGCAUUUCUUUAGUCUCGGACCUUACUACGUUGGACAUACCUUUUGAACAUAGAACUAAACCUCAACCAUAUUAUCAAUCUGUGAUCUUCCCAGGAGGUCAUGUUCCUAAGAGAUUUAGUUUUCAUUCCGAAGAAAAUCAUCAUCUAGGUUCAACUUCUUCAGUAACUAUUAGACAUCUUCCAGAACAUGGUUUAUAUGGUUUAGUGUUUUGCAUUGUUCUUUCCGAGUCAAUUGAUCAGUACCGAUACGCUCAAUGUUCUAUUUACCAAAAUUCCAAAAGAAUAGGUGUAAAAUCUGCCUCUUUGCUUAAUCUUGUUAUGCAUUUGGUUACGGAUCAUGUGUUUCUUUGGUAUCUUGAUGUCGGAAGUGGUGCUAAAAACAUUUCUUUGCAUAGUCAAAUACAAGAAAGUGGAGCAUGGGAUAAUCCUUGCAACAUAUCCUUUGAAUUUUCACUUGAAAAUGAGGAGGGAGAAUGGUCAACAGAGAGGAUAAAGGGUUGUGGGGUGUUUCCACUUUAUCACUUAGAAGAAUCUAACAAUUUUGAAGAGAUGAAUGAGUUGCAUGUCACAACAAUUGGAUGUGAUCAUAAAAAUGAAGAGAAGGAAUUACAUCAAACUAUUGUGACUCACAUUCAGGUUGAAAAUUUAGACUCCAAUAAAACAUCUUCCUCUCACAUUUUUGUAGUUCCAACAGCAAAUGGUUCCAAGACAAAACCACAAAGUUUGGAGGAAUAUGAUUUCUAUACAAAUACAAGUUCAAUACCACAGAAUCAAUUUGACACUGCAAGAGCUUCCAACAUUAUGAAUCCAAAUCAGACCAUUGAAAUGGUGUCAAAAGAAAAAGACUUGACCAAUCCGCAACUCGAACAAGAUUCUUGGGAUCCAAUUUCAGAGCUAGAGAGUUUGUUAUGUGACAGUUAUGAUUUGUCUCCCAUGUGCACCGACUCAACAACUGUUUCGGUACUCGAAGAUCCAAAUGUGGGAACAAUUAUUGAAAAUCUAGAGACCCUUUUGGAGACACCACUUGAAAUUUUCUCUUCAGACAAUGAAGUGAAGCAAAAGUUCCAUAAAAUUUUGGAACAACUUGGCCAAUUUGAAAGCCAAAUCCCUAUUAGGCUUCAUCAUGUUAUUUGCAAGUUAAGAACUUUCAUUGAAGGGGUUGAUGUAAGAUUUGUGAAUGCUCAAAAAACUAUACAAGAUUAUGAUCAAUUGCUUCAAUCAAGGUCUCUUAUAUCAAAGAAAUUGGAAAGUGCCAAAGCCAGAGAAAAGAGAAAUAAUUGUGAAAUAUCUCGAGGUAAUAUACAAUUUGAAAAGAUCAAUUCUGAGAUUGUUGAAUUAGAACAAAAAUUAAGUGGUCUUGUUGAGAUUAGAGACAAGUUGAAGAGAGAUUUGGAGCAACGUGAAGUGAUAAAUAACAAGAUUAAGACAGAGGUUGCACAAGAUUGGGUUCCACAGUGCAAGAUUGUCUUAACAAAUUUGAAAAAGUAUGAGACUUCUUACACAGUGGCCUUAACCAACAAGAAGAAACUUGAAGAUGAAUGGAUUGAUUUGAAAAAGAACUUUGCUACCAAUAAGAUUUGAUAUCUCAAUUCAUGCAUAUCAUAUAACAUUUGUUUAUUUUGUCACCUUUGGUUACAAGAGGAGAAUCAUAUAUAGUCAUGUGCUCCAAUUGCUCAAAUAUCAAAUACAUUCAUAUUUACAUUUGAUCAUUAUGACAAACUUGGCCUA